AUGGCCGAGAGCACCAACACUCUGGCUUUCGGAGGCACUGGCGCAGUCUCGGGGCGUGUCACCUCGCACUUGGAGCGCCUCCCGGUCGAGCUGUUCGACCACAUCCUCUCUCACAUUGCCUGGGCAAAUGAUGACGGCGAGAAACUGAAAUGGUGGGAUCGCGUCUGGACACUGAGCAAAGUGUCCAGAACCUCGAAACGACUGCGCCAGGCUACUGAGCCUGCUCUGUACGCUGACUUCCCGAUCCCGCUUCCUAAGAAGGCGCUCAAGAAGCUGCUCUGGACGGUGACCACAAGACCAAGUCUGGGAAGACAUAUUAGGUCACUUUUGAUGGAGUUCGACGAAGAAUGUGCAAGGAAAUCGCCGACGCCCGAGCAAAUGGCAUCAUUCGGACCUGCGCUGGACGUGUUCAAAACUUCGAGCUGGUAUUGGAGCCUGUUGCAGGCUUUGGCUAAAGGCUGUCACAAUGCACAGCUGAUGCUCUUGCUGAGUCUCGCGACGGAGAUGCAGACGCUUACUUAUACCUAUUGCCACGAACGUAUCAGCUGGUAUGAGUCCUGUCAGCGUUGUCCUUCUUCCGGUUUAUUCUUGGAAGAUAUCUUGUCCGCCACUCGACUGUCCGUGCUUCCCGAGAAUGCCUUUGGAAACUUACGUACAGUCACUCUUCAAGCAGGCCACUGGGCGUCGGAAAUCUCGUCCGAGGCACUAUGUCUCUUUUCGAAUUUGCCAUCGCUCAGCGAGCUGACGUGCUGUGGCCUUGCCGUACGAUAUCAAGGGGCGAACAUCACACAGCAGAAGCAGCUGUCGAAUCUUCAAAGCCUAGUUCUACAGCGUACCAGUAUUGCCAAUGCUUCUUUGGUGACGCUGAUGGGCUGUUGUCGGUCUUUGAAGCGACUGGACGUUGAUACGGCGGACUUUUCAAUAUCCGACAACACUCAGCUCCAAAUCGUUGAUUUUGGCAGCCCAGAGCUGGCACGUGCUUUGGAGCGCCACAUUAACACACUCGAAUACUGUGCUUUAACCAAUGGUGUAAGUGCAGCACGUGUACAGAGGCUUAUCAAGCCGGAAAUGGUCUCACAGAUAUCCAUUCUGAAGUCCUGUUUGGUCCUGCGCGACCUGACUGUCGACGAUGAUCAUAUUCUAGGCGUUUGCGAGAACGAAAGUGAUACUUCCGCAGAUCGGAUGCGGCUGUGGGAAGCGAUCGACUUGAACAGCAUACUUCCACCAACACUUUCAAAGUUACUUGUUCACUCGCAGUCGCACUUCAGCUUGUUGAAGGGCAUAUUGAUAGGGAUGAGCAAGUAUAACGGCAACGACUUGAGAUGCCUUGAAGUCACUUUCCGAUGUGGGCCCGGCAGCUACAACAUGGAAUAUAAACGCUCCGUGGAGUCGUACAGACCAUACAAAGACGGAACUCAGCCUUGGCUACUAGAUAUGGUAACCCGAGACGUAUCUGGUCACCGCCUCAGACAAUGCAUUCGCUUUCGUAUUGUGGGGCCUUCCAUUGCAAGUCGCCUGCAUGCAUUGGUGCAAACUAUGCCCAACGAAGGACUGGUUCCACCACAGACAGUGGAACCUGAAUCCGAUUCUGAUUCUGAUUCUGAUUCUGGAUUUGAUGAUGGGGCCGACGACGAUGAUUCGAACGAAAAUGAAUGGACCGAUGAAGCGGAGGGGUUCAGCGAAGAAGAUGAUAGCGAAGACGACGUUGAGUCGAAUGACGAGGUAUCAGUACUGAUGGAGAGGACACCGAUGACUGAUCGCCUCGACCUUUUGGCCAAGCAAUAUUGGUGUAUGCCAUCGCAAGGCAUUUCGACCUCUAAAGCUGUAGAGUCUUUCAGCGACUCGACUUUAAGAAGUCAAGAAGAGCCAGACGCCAUGAGCGGAUUUCACCUUCGGACUUGGUCGCCCUCGUUGCUACGCAUAGCUAGACUAGCCGAACGAGCAUUUCUUUUUUCGUGGCAUACAGGACCAUACGAGAAAACAUUCCAGAUGAUGGUAACCCAUUUCGACUUUUGGCGGAAGGCUACUUUCGGGACACGCGGAAACGAAGACACGCAGCGCAUCAUCGGGGGUGUGCAGCAGCAACGGAAGACCGGACAGAGUCUGACUGCCUUUCUUACGGGGCCCAGGUUACGAAAAAAGGACAAAACCAAGAAACAAGAGCAUAUUUUGGGUACAGGUGAGGAACACCGACUAAAAGUCUUCCUGGGUAUCACAUAUGAUGGAUUCAAGCAAGGUCCAAGAUUGGCCAUUGGAGGACCUGAGCAAGAUCGUCUGAAUUGGCGCGACACUAUAGCUAUUGGAGGCAGCUGGCACAAGACUGGUCAAUAUGCAGACCUGACUUGGGCAAUUCAUUCACUCGAAAGGCUCAUGACAGUCCACUACUCCACUGGCCAGCCAAGUUUGGUAAGUAUAUUACGCUUCCCAAACACCAUUCCGCUUCAUCUCCUUGAGAGGCUAAGUCAUGACGAGAAUCUAGCUGCAGCUCAAGAACACACGGAUCAAGGCGACAACAGCAACAUGAGCCGUGUGACUGCGAACAUUAUAGAGCACCAAAAUUUUAAGGCCGAACCAGGUACGAAAGUUCAUCCGGAAGUGGAAAUCUGUCACACGUCACGACCACCGGCUAGGUUUUACGUACGUCGUGGCGCAUGUGACUGGACAAGAACAUAUGCCAGUAAGAUGAUGAAUAUGAUGCAAACAAGAUGGAGACUUGAGAUUCAGGAUGCAGAACGGGACCUACAUGCCGCUUCAGAGAUCGAAAGUCGGAAGACUCCGUUCCCAUUUACAACGAGGCUAGAGAUCAAGCGUUUUCUUGAAAUGGUAUAUGAAACGGGCCCCGAUACGAGCAAAGUACCAAGACUUGGUAGGCAACCAUCAAGAGACGUCGUUUACUGCUGCAUGUCCUGGGUCAUAGCACCGAGAGUCAACUCGUUGCUCCCACCUCAUCUAUCCGUAAACAUCGACAGCAAGAAGAAGAACACUGUGAGACUGAGCAAGAGUGUAAGUGAAAUAUUUAUCGCUCUUCGCAAAGAAGCAUCACCGCCACUAUUAUUAGUUACAUGUAUCUCAUCCUUAUCGAUCAACUGA